AUGCACAGCUUUUUCGCAGGCUUAGCUAGACUCUUCCUUCUUCCUCGUCUGCUCUUUGACUUCUCAUUGCUCCCUAAUUCGCUGAUCGAACUGUCCUGUUCAAUGUGGCCAGGGGGGAAAGAACGAGAGCGGCCAUCCAUGGAUACACAUUAUCAAGUACUGAACCUCACCCCCUCCAUCCUCUCCUCCCAAAAUGACCCAUCCUCCCUCAUAAAACGAGCCUACCGCCGAGCUCUUCUCCAAAAUCACCCAGAUAAGGCUCCCGGCUCAUUCCUACCGCCUUCCGCUUCCUCGACAACAAAAAAUACAACAGAGGUAUAUACCAUCGACCGCAUCCAAGAAGCUUAUACGGUCUUGUCAUCACCCACCCAACGGGCCAACUACGACGCUCAGCUCCGUCUGGGAGGACGACCGUCCGGCGACGGGACCUCCUCUAACGAUGAUUCUGCUGCAUCCAAGUUUCAUACGGGAGUCGAAAAUGUCGACCUAGACGACCUGGAAUUCGACGAGCAGGAAGCUUGCUGGUUCCGCUCGUGCAGGUGCGGCAACGACAGGGCCUACCUGUUCCGCGAGUCUGACCUCGACGAGGUGGGCGAUGAAGGGGAGCUCAUGGUUGGAUGUCUGGAUUGCAGUCUUUGGUUGAGGGUGCAUUUUGCCGUCAUGGAGGAUGACGAGCAGGAUUCAUAG